AGUGAAUCAUGCAGAAAACUCAUGCAACCCCUUCCCACAUAGUGAGCUAUUUUAAGGGGGUAUGGUCACAAAAGAAAAUCUGAAUCUACAAUUAUCAUUAUGAAACAUUUAGGCUGACUUUGUUUUUUUUUGAGAUGGUGCUCAGAAAGGUCUACUGAAGAUAUGGGGGGUAACUGGUUGAAACUGGUGGGUCUGUCCGUGAAAAAGGCUUUGGAGGUCCAUUAAAGUUGCCAUGGCGAUAAAUCAUUUGAAUCAAAGCGCUUUCCGUUAAAACGAGCAGCUCCACAAGAACAUCACAGAACGCACGUGUCUUCUAAAGUCACAGCAUUUGUCCCCGUUUAUGCGUUUUUCUUUUUCGCAGCUCGUGUGUGGUUUCUCCUCCUCCAGCAGCAGCAGCAGCAGGGCGGGGAUCGCUCCAUCGGGUCUUAUAGCAGGAGCGCGGCGAGAGCACGAGCAGCAGUAGUUUCCUAACCAGCGCGAGCUUCCCGCGAACGGCGCAAGUUUACCGCGAACACAAGUUUACCCGCGCGCCUGCUUUCGGAUCGUAUCCUCGCCUGGCGCUCUUUUUGCCUGAAAGAAAAACAAGUGUUUGAAUCAAAGGUGGAAACGUUUCAUCUCAAAGAAGAAAGAUGGCGUUGAAGCUACUGGACCCAAACUCUACCGUGUCACCUCCGUUCUUCUCCGCUGUGGAGAACGGCCACAACGUUUCAGUGAACCAUACCUCCUCUCAUCCUCAUCCGUAUCCAGACGUCACCUACGUGGACUUCUAUCUGCACGAGCCCUUGGUGUCCGCUAUCUUCAUUGUAUCCUACCUCCUCAUCUUUAUUGUGUGCAUGGUGGGAAACGGAGUGGUGUGCUUCAUUGUGCUAAGGAGCAAGAACAUGCGUACGGUCACCAAUCUCUUCAUUCUCAACCUGGCCAUCAGUGACCUGUUGGUUGGCAUCUUCUGCAUGCCUACAACGUUGGUGGACAACAUCAUCACAGGCUGGCCUUUUGGUAGUUUGGUGUGUAAGCUGAGCGGGAUGGUGCAGGGAAUAUCUGUGUCUGCAUCGGUCUUCACACUAGUGGCCAUUGCUGUUGACAGAUUCCGCUGCAUUGUCUAUCCCUUCAAACAGAAGCUCACUAUCUCCACCUCCACCCUCAUCAUCGUCAUCAUCUGGGUUCUGGCCAUCUCCAUCAUGUGUCCGUCUGGUGUCAUGCUACAGGUCACCAAAGAGCACAGAGUCUCCAUCUUGCUAAGCGACGGCAACACCACACAGCCCUUCUACUGGUGCCGUGAAAACUGGCCAAAUCAGGAGAUGCGCAAAAUUUACACCACAGUACUCUUUGCUAACAUUUAUUUGGCACCUCUGACCCUGAUUGUCAUCAUGUACGCCUGGAUUGGAAUCACGCUCUUCAAAACAUCCAUGCCUGUGCCCAUAAGCCAAGUUGGGACCUCAGGCUCUGGUUCUAGCGUUGGGAAAAACGGCAGGUAUGAAAGUCGUCAGCUGGUGUCCCGAAAAAAGAAGCGGGUCAUUAAAAUGCUGCUAGUGGUGGCCCUGCUCUUCAUCCUGUCGUGGUUGCCGUUGUGGGCACUCAUGAUGCUGAGUGACUACGCAAGCCUGAGUGAGCGUCAGCAUCGUAUUAUUAACAUCUAUUUUUAUCCUCUAGCCCACUGGCUGGCGUUCUGUAACAGCAGCGUCAAUCCCAUAGUCUAUGGGUUUUUCAAUGAGAACUUUCGAAAGGGUUUCAAGGCAGCCUUUAAGCUUCAGCUCUGCUCAGCCCAUUCAGGGAAAAGAAGGAACUACUCUCACCGUCUGCAGGGGAACGCUGUAUUGCCUGCCAACUUGCCCCUGACCAAGGAGUCUGCACUGGAGGCCAGAGAUCCGAGACCAGGACAGGUGCUCAUCCAAGAGCUGGUGUCGGUGGGCAGUGGGAGGGGCCUAGGUGAAAGAAGCCAGUCAUCGGGCAAGGAAAACGUGAAAGAACAGGAUCUGAUCAUGGAAGAUCUGGAGAAGGUAAUGUACGAUCUAUAGGUGCCCAGUCAAAGAUACGGUGCACUCAGAUGAUGUGAUGCUCACGAAAGGCUGAUUUUUUUCCUUCUCUUUGACUGAUUUACUGCUGGGAGGACACCAUGAGUUCAUCUUUCAUCUCUUUUCAUCUCUUUCAUCUCCUAGGCAAGGAUGUUUUCUGCCUUUUCUCUCACAAAAUUUCUAAUUUUAUGACAAUAAUUGUGCCAGACAGGCAGACUGAGCUGGAGGGGUUAAAAUCAGACGUUGGAUGUGACGAACACAAUGAAGGCCAUUUUGUGGACUUAGCUUUGACCUAAUAAGAUGAGAAAUUAAGUGACUAGCUGCCAAAUUAUGCCCCGUGUCAUUUUUUGGAUGUAUUAGCUGAUUGCAUUCACCCUGUUUGACCAAGAAAAGCACCCUGAGGGUUGUCGAAAAAUUACAAGGCAACAAUAUGGAUAUUUCCAUGGAAAUGGCCAUGAAUCUGACUGAAGUGCCUGAACAGGGGAAAUCUGAGAAUGCUUUCUGUUGCAUCUCCCCUGUAUCCAGAUUUAUAAAUGACUGCAUUUUGUUCAAAUGGUCUGUUCAGUUUCAUUUCGCGAUUCGUUCACUAACCAACACUGAAUGAAUGUCAGCAGCAGAACUUGCUUGUUUACAGGGUGAAUGUAGUAGGUCUUCAUCUUCGCCUAUUUAAAUGAGGAUCAUCAUGAUUAUGAAUCUAUAUUAGCAUAAAAUAGCUUACUGUAACAGGAAGGGCAUUUUGCCAGAUUUUAGAAACACUCAACAGUUUGUGCCCUGACUUGGGGGACAGUGCCUGAGGACUUUUUCAGACUUUUGGAUUUCUUGUAAAUGAGCUGCUGAACAGAAGAGCCGUGCCUUAAAAAUGGGGCAUUAGGGGUCAGAAACAACUUAAACGUCUCCUGCAUGGAAUGAGACAAGAAACAAAAUAAAUGGCAGGUAUCCAGACUGUUUUGCAUCUGACAUUUACGCAUAUCUCUCAGUUUCUCUUUUGACUCUACUAUGAACAUGAACCAAGGCUGAUAGAAAGAAGGCUCACUUUUAAAAUGUUAUUUUGUUGUCUGUGUUUCUAAUGUAAACCUGGCAGGUGUUCAAUUCUUAAAGUGGUAUACUUGAGGUGCACAAUGUUUUGCUGCUACAGUGCCCCCUGUGAACUUUUACUUUUAUUCAUUUUCAGUUUGGCGAUCAUUUUUGGCUGCAGUUCAACAUGCUUUGCGGUGAUGUGCAUGAAAUGACUUAUCAAGUGGGGGCACAGUCUGUUCAGAAAACGGUCAUUAAUGCAGGUUGGGGCGGGAAAUUUGGUUUGACUAAAAAUUUGAUGUACUGUAUGUUGUUUCUCUGAGAGCAGAGGACGAGCAUAAUGAAGUACGGUAAAUUACAGCUACACCAGCAACUGAUAUUACAUCAUCAAAUGUUGAAAUUAUGUAAGGAAUAAUUGUUAUAAUUUCGCCACUGCUUACUGCAUAAUGUGGGAGAGAGAGAGAGGAAAUGGUAGAGAGAGAAAUGACCUUGUUGAACUGUCUUACUGGUUGAUGGUCAACAUCAGCCUACUUUCAUGUCAGUGUGUCGUGACGGUAUAAUUACGUCUUUAAAGUGACAGCGUAUUUUUUGUUGAAUGUUGGCACUGAUAAUGUUAUCAUGAACAAGACAGAUACGAUAACACAGAACAUUAUUUUAGGAUACAGAGCAUAGAGGACUGGAAAAUUAUACAGGGAGAAAAACUAAAUAUCUUUUAGUCUGUCUAUAUGUCUCCAACACUGGUGUAACUACAGCGUUUUACAAAAAAAUCAUUAUCACCUCUGCACCAAUAAAAUCGGUGGCAAAAUUAUUGGCAAAAUUAUACAUAGUAUCUAUUUAGUGUAACCGAUUAUUAAUUCCUGAAUAAUGAAUUAUUUAAUUUGCUUAGCCUCAAAUACAGCUCUGAUAGGGUAGGCUACUCUCAGAAAAAAGGUGCAAAACUUUUACUGGGCCAGCGCAGUACAAAUAGGUUUUAAUGUGUACUCUUUUUAGUGGUAAAUAAGGUCUUGCACACUUACUUUAUGUCGUGUGCACACUUUCAAGCUGCCAAGAACACGUGUGUUAGAACAGGUUCAGUAUCUUUACGCACUUAAGUAACCAUUUUAAAGUCGUAGGAUAAUUUUUUUUACCUUUUGUACCCAUUCUUUCUGUUCAACACUUAAAUUCCGAAAACCGCUAUAAUAAAUAAAAAAUAAUAUACAGUAUAUAAAUUAAUAAUUGUAAUUUUUUUUACAUUUUACUUAUAGUAAAUUAACUUAGUUUAUAGUUUAAUGCGUUCUUUCAGAAUAAGUAAAGAUUGUUUAAAAAAUGUCUAGAGUUUUCCAGUAAAUUUAAAAUUCUUUCUUUGUCUCAUUAAAGAUGCUUCGAAGAAUAUUUUAAAGAACCAACCAUUUUGGUUACCACUGACUUACAUAGAUUGUAUUUCCUUUUUAGACAUUUUUCAAAAUAUGAACAGUUUCAGAAGAAUGACGGUCAUACACGUUUGGACUGACAUUAAACAUUGGACUGAGUAAAUUAUGAAAAAAAAUGGGUGCAGUAUCCUUUUAAAAAUUGUAUGCAUUUAUGCUAUUUUAAUACUAGAGCUCAAUAAUGGGCUUGUUAUUUUAAUCUUCUCUGUGUUCUCUUGGCAAGCCUUGAUGACAUUUAUUGUAAUGUGCUGACAAUGUAAAAUAUACAUGUUUGUGUGUUUGGGGAAAAAAGGGCUUCACUCGGUAUCUGACUCCAGAGGCAGCACGGCGCUUUUAAGAGCACAGAGGUGCACAGGUGUCUUGAUAAUGUCAACAGCCCAUGGCCUCUGAUCUGAAACCAGUUCUUUUCCUUCCCUACUGAACUGGAAAUUCUCAUCUUUCAGCUCUUUUGAAGCUUAUUUUCACUCGUCAAGUGGCGAUGAAAGCCUCGUGAAUGAAGUCAGUUGCAAUUGUCUUUUCGCACCUUUUGGGGCACAUCAGAAUAAAACAGCGUAUUGAACAAGAAAAAAACGUAUUACCAACACAAGGUUACCACCGUCCAUGUAAUGCUUGCUACUGGUUAUGUAAGCAUAACAGUAUUGAGUAUUACACAGAUAUAUUUGAGUUAUUUAACAUCUUUAUACCCUUAAUGGGUUAUUUUCAUCUGUUUGUGUAUUAUGGUCUCCAAACACACCCCUUCUGUUUUAACAGGAGUUUUCCUUUUAAAUGUUCUGACAAGGCCGGGUUCAUAGAAGCACUCCUUUCAAGAGGAUUCAGUGAGCAUUUAAUGAUAAUGAAAACAGAUGAAAUGAAACCAGGCCGGUUGAAGAGUGAAAACAUGUUCGACAGUGGUACUGAAUUGUUGAUUUUGUGCUGUAUGGUAGUAAUCACUGUGUUUGAGCACAUUGCAAUGGUCUUCGUAUUUCCUUGGAAUGUCAAGUCUAUGAAGCAGCAUGAUGUCACAUUUGAAGAUUUUCUGGAUGCACUUAUUUUUGUAACUGUUUCGUAGAUGUCCGCCAUUGUUUGACAGCUGUGCAAACCUCAGAUCAGAGGCUACGGUUCACUGAACACUCCUCGUUUGCAUAUUUAUACAAAAACAGCUAAAUAAGGGACUUUAUCUUCACCUUUUGAGAUUUGUAUAUUUGUCUAUCAUUACAAAAAAAAACUGCUCAUCUCUGUCGUUGUUUAAAUAUAGAUAUUGGAAUAUGUGUAAAUAUAUUGUUUUUGCCUUAGUAGCCUAAAUAUUAAGUAAAACGAACA